AGAAAUACAACUAACUGAACGAUGCACAAAAUUAAAUUUCCCUCUGUAUAAAGGGCAAUUGAUCAAGCCCUCUAGCUAUCCAUCAUCCUCACAUUAUAACAGGGGUAGAAAAAAAAAAAGAGAGGAGAGAGGAAGUGCGGAACCGUGGCCCGCCAGUAACAACACAAUGACAAAUUCAGACGGCAGAGAAAGCAAAAAGAAGGAGGUGAUAGCGAUUGUUGGAGCUGGAAUAAGCGGCCUAUUGGCCUGCAAAUACUGUCUUUCUAAAGGAUUUGAUCCCAUAGUGUUCGAGUCGGAGAGUAGCAUUGGAGGCGUGUGGACUAAAACUGUUGAGAGUACUAAGCUGCAGACACCAAAACCCUUUUACCAAUUCUCUGAUUAUCCAUGGCCUGAUACAGUAACCGAAUUGUUCCCUGACCAGCAAACGAUGUUGGAGUACAUUGAAUCGUACGCAAAUCACUUUGAUUUGGUCCGACACAUUCAGUUUAACAACAAAGUAUUGAGCCUCAGUUAUGAAGAAGAUAAUAAUGACGGAGAAUGUAAUUUGUGGGAAGAGGCAUUUAGCAGUAAAGGGAAAUGGAACGUCACUGUACAGGACACUCGAACCCUAUCCGCACAGGUAUACAAAGUUGAUUUUGUAAUAGUUUGCUUGGGAAGGUUCAGCCAGGUUCCAAACAUCCCUGAAUUUCCUCCCAACAAAGGACCCCAAACUUUUGAAGGCGAAGUAAUCCAUUCAAUGGAUUAUUCCAAAAUGGACUCCGCAGCUGCAGCAAACUUUGUCAAAGGAAAACAUGUAGCCAUAGUUGGGUUCCAAAAAUCAGGAAUGGACAUUGCCAUGGAAUGCUCCACAGUCAACGGGGUUGAACGUCCGUGCUCAGUUGUAAUCAGGACACCACAUUGGAACGUUCCUGAUUAUUUCCCGUGGGGAUUCCCUAUGGCUAAUCUGUAUUUAAAUCGAUUCUCAGAACUUACGGUGCAUAAACCCGGUGAAGGCCUUCUUUUGCAUCUCUUGGCUACAAUUUUCUCACCUCUGAGAUGGGCGUUCUCAAAAUUUGUGGAAAGCCAUAUAAGACACAAGCUCAAGCUUUCAAAACACGGGAUGGUGCCAGAGCAUAGUUUCUUAAACGAAUUGAGUUCGUGUUUAAUUUCUACCGUGCCAGAGGGCUUCUAUGACAGAGUAGAGGAAGGAAGUAUAAAGCUCAUCAAGAAAGCAGAGAAUUUUGGAUUCUCGAAAGAAGGUAUCGUGCUUGACGGUCAGGCUGAGCCAAUAAAAUCCGACUUAGUCAUACUCGCUACUGGCUUCAAAGGAAUUGAGAAGCUCAAACACAUUUUUGAAUCACCAAAAUAUCAAGAAUUCAUAGCAGGCUCAGAUGAUUUUGCAGUUCCCCUCUAUAGGGAAUGCAUUCAUCCCCGAAUUCCACAACUGGCAAUAAUUGGAUUCUCAGAAAGCAUAGCUAAUCUAUUCACAUCGGAAAUAAGAUGCCGAUGGCUGGCGGAGUUUCUUGAUGGAAAGUUUAAGCUGCCUGACAUCAAGAUGAUGGAGAAAGACAUAGCAGAAUGGGAUAAAUACAAGAAGAGAUACUCAAAGAAGUACUACAGGAGAUCAUGCAUCGGUGCAUUGCAUAUUUGGCACAACGACCAACUCUGCAAGGACAUGGGAUGGAAUCCUAAAAGGAAAAGGGGAUUGUGGGCUGAGUGGUUUGAACCUUAUGGACCCCUGGAUUACUCUGUCUAAUACAACAGCCCCAGGGCCAUCCCUGUUAUUUCAAGAAUAACGGAUUCUCUUUUCCUAUGUUUUUUAUGUUCAAGCUUUUCUGCAUGCUUGUGAUGGUUGUUAAUAUAAUAUCAUAUUUGUUACGGAAAAA